AUGAGCCUCGACGCGAGCGUUACUGUCUUAGACACGGGCGCGGGCCUACCCGCUUCGGCCGUUGUCAGCAUAAGCAACCCGGCACUCGAAUGCCGAACGUUCUCUUGCAAUGUUUGCGAUGAUUCAGAUAGAAGUUUGAACGUUCUGUACCAAUGGAAAAGGGUUUCAUCUAAAUACUGCUGA